GAGAACAGCAAUUGCAUUCUAUCCCAGCAUGACCUAUCUGAAUUGAGUAUAUUAUAUAGAUGUUUAUGCCUCAUUACUGGUUGAAAGUUUUGAUUUUUUUUUCCCUUGUAGAGAAGAGAAAAAACCUAAGAUGGCGAGAGCUUUUCCUUAUGAUUUUGAUGAUGAUGGGUAUUUCGAUAGAAUGGUGGAAAAGGCUAAAGUUGAGUCUGCUGCAAUCAAGUUGCUUGCAGAAGAUAUUAUGUUUGCUUUUAUGCAACGCCUUAGAGAAGAAACCAUGAGAAGUAAGGACCUGCUUGCUGCUUAUGUACCCAAAGGAAGGAGGGGCUCCCAUGGAGUGCGCAGAGUUAUCAACAUAUCUCGUCCUCCUUUUUUUUCUUCUUCUUCUUCUUUACUUGCCCAUGUAAAGGCUUCUCAAAGCUUGAUCGAGAACAAGAAAAAGAAGCGAUCCUUUGAAAGUGUCAAUACUACUACUGAAGUUCAUCAACAAAAGAAAAGGAAAUCGCUGAAGAAAACCUACAGCAAGAGGCCUGAGAGACUCGAUUUUAAAAAACUGCACUUAGAUCCACCACCGGAUUUGUCUCGUGAAUGGAGAGCUAAAAUUGAAAACAAAGGAGGCAUUGAUAUUAAGUUGGUGAUAAUGAAACAGAUGUUUCCUACAGAUUUAAACACUCACCAUGAUCGUCUCUCAAUCCCCUUCAACCAGAUAAAAAAUUCUGAUUUUCUUAAUGAGAAGGAGAAGAAGAAGUUAGAAAAGCAAGAGAACAUAUCUGUUACAGUCAUGGAACCUUGUGGUGAAGAGUCUCAAUUGUGUCUUAGGAAGUGGAAUUUGGCAAUUACCAGUUCCUAUGUGUUGACUAGUUGGAAUAAAGUUUUGGCGAGGAAGGAGUUCAAGCAAAACGACGUCAUCCAGCUUUGGUCAUUUAGGGUCCAAGAAGAACUCCAUUUGGCACUCAUUAAGGUUGCCUUGGAUGGAGGGAAUAAUGGUGAUGGUGAUGGUGCUGGUGUUGGUGCUACUGCAAGUGCAGGUGCAAGUCACAGUAUCACGGAGAACCAAGAUGGUGAUGGUGCUGCUGCUACUGCUGGUGCAAGUCACAAUAUUAUGGAGAACCAAGAUGGUGCCGGUGCAAGUGCAAGUCAUAUUAAUGUGGAGAACCAAGAACAAGAUUAAUUAAUUAGAGGGUUUCAAAUUUUCAUCGUAGUUUUGCUUGCUUAUGAAGGUUAAUACUUAUCUAGUUGCUUUAUUUACAUUUAAUUGUCGUUAAGUAGUAUUAAUUUUUUGUUUAGUUUAAGCAAAUAUGGCGUGUA